CCUAGUGUUGCUUAGAGGAGAGCGUUUUUAUUAUUUAACAUCAACAGGCAGAUUGAAGUAACUAUGUCAGGAUGGACAUACAGGAAGAGAGUAAAUGUAAUCUCAGUCCCUUAGUUUGCUUGUUGUAGUUUAAAAUAUGUAGUUUAAUAUGACUAUGGAAAACCGGUUUGCAACUAGUCAGGCUGUCGACGUGGCAACAUCAAAACAGGAUCAAGCUGCAACAGAAGGCAACGUUUUCACCGCCCACAAUGGAAGCAUCAUCAACGCGCCCACUGUUAGUAAUGUGAACAUAACCAAUGGCAAUCUUAUUGUCAACGCAAACUGCACACAUGCUCCAGUCGCAACAGACCAAGUUAAGGGUGUCGCUCCCAAACUCAAAGAGAACAUCCAAAAUUGCCAAGAUGAACUAAAAUCCUAUCUUCAGUUGAUGACUAUGACUCUGUCUCAAGGAACAGAAGAAGAACCAUCGUCAACUUCUUUAAAUAAAAUCUAUACAGAGCUUUACAUCACAGAAGGAGGCAGUGGCGAAGUCAACACCGAACAUGAGGUUAUUGAAUUGGAGUGUACAAGGUCUAGAAAUGAAGAAAGAAAAAUCGAUCUCAAUGAUAUUUUCAGUGCUUUACCAAAUAAAGAGCCACCACAGAGAGUUUUGACAAAGGGAAUUGCAGGUAUUGGUAAAACAGUGGCUGUGAAGAAAUUCACUCGGGACUGGGCAGAUGGAGAAGCCAACCAGGCCUUCACGUUUGUGUUUCCCUUCACAUUUAGAGAGCUAAACUUAAUAAAAGAGAAAGAGUUCACUCUCAUUGACUUAAUAUGCUACUAUUUUGAAGAGGUCGAGGGUUUGGAUAUUUCAGAUUACAAAAGCUCUAAACUUUUGUUCAUCUUUGAUGGCCUGGAUGAAAGUAAAUUUCCUCUGAACUUUGCCCAAAACGGGCUGUGUCGCAAUGCUACAAUGAAAACAACAGUAGAUAUAUUACUUACAAACUUAUUCGAAGGCAAACUGCUGCCCAAAGCUUCAGUUUGGAUCACAACUCGACCAGCCGCAGCCAAUAAGAUUCCUCUAAAGCACAUCAACAGAGUGACAGAGGUACGAGGUUUUAACGACGAGCAAAAGGAGGAAUACUUUCAAAAGAAAAUCAGUGACAAGACUAUUGCUCAAAAGGUCUUGGAUCAUCUUUUGUCAAAACCUUUGAGAAGUCUCUACAUAAUGUGCCACAUUCCUAUGUUUUGCUGGAUUUCAGCCACAGCACUUCAAAACCUCCUUGUGAAUGAGGAUCAAGCUGAGCUCCCAAAAACUCUAACAGAAAUGUACAUGCAUUUUCUGAUCAAACAGACAGAGCUGAAAAAUCAAAAAGAUUACCAUGGAGGUGAUUCUGACAGAGAUAUGAUCAUGAAAUUGGGAAAACUGGCAUUUGAGCAGCUACAAAAUGGCAACAUAAUCUUUAGUGAAGAAGAUUUGAAGGAAUGCAACAUCGAUCUGAAACAAGCUGCUGUUUACUCGGGCAUUUGCACACAGAUCAUAAGAAAAGAAUCUGGUCUUCACAAAAAGGAAGUUUACUCUUUUAUACAUUUAAGUGUUCAGGAGUUCCUUGCAGCUCUGUAUGUACACAAGACCUUUGUAGAUCAGCGAAAAAAUCUUCUCAGCCCAAAAGCUGUGAUACCAGUUUCUGAGGGAGGAGAAAGUCCAAUUAUCUUUCUACACAAAAGUGCUGUGGACAUGGCUUUGGAAAAAGAUCAUGGACGAUGGGACUUGUUCUUACGGUUCCUGGUGGGUCUCUCUAAAGACAAAAAUCAGGGGCUUCUUAAGAAAAUAUUUGGAGAAAAGGACAAACUUCCACAGAGCCGUGAGGACACAAUCGGCUACAUUCACCGUAAAAUCCAGAAGACUUCAUAUACCAACAAGGGUAUUAAUCUAUUCCAUUGCUUAAAUGAGUUAGGAGACCAAUCUCUGGUGGAGCAAGUCCAAAAGUAUUACAAUUCAGGGGAUGUCAGCAAAAUUUCACCAAUCCAUUGGUCAGCUCUGGCUUUCGUGCUGCUUGUUUCCAAUGACGACUUGUCUGUCUUUGAUCUGAGAAAGUACCAUGGAUCUGAGGCUGUUCUAGAGCGGCUGCUACCGGUGCUUAAAGUAGCAAAGAUAGCUUUGUUAAGUGAGAGUAACCUCACUGACAGGUGCUGCAGUUAUGUUUCUCCAGUUCUUACCAUGAAGUCUGGAGGACUGGAAGAGCUGGACUUAAGUGGAAAUCAUCUGAAAGACUCCGGAGUGCAGCUGCUCGCUGGCAGCCUGCAGGAUGCCAGCUGCAAACUUUCCAAACUCCGAUUAAGACAGUGCGGCAUUACAACAUCAGGAUGCCCGCCUUUGGCCAGAGGAAUAACAUCAAAUCCAUCUCAUCUGAGAGAGCUGGAUCUCAGCAAAAAUAAACUUCAUGACAUGGGAUUGAUGCAGCUUUCUGAUGUUCUAGAGAAUUGCCGUUUGGAAACUUUGAGACUCUCUGGGUGUGGUCUUCAAGAGAUAGGAUGCACACAUCUGGCAUCAGCUCUCUGCUCCAAUCCGUCUUAUCUACACAACUUGGAUCUGAGCAGGAACAGCUUCAGCACAACAUCAGUCAAUCAGCUUUCUAACUUCUUGCAGCAUCCUGACAGUAAGCUGCAACGAUUGUGGCUUUUCAAAACAAACCUACAAGCGGAUGAUGCAGCUGUUCUGCUCUCAGCUCUCAAACCCGACCACCUGAAGGAAUUAGACUUAGGAGCCAAUACAAUAGGUGUUGCUGGGGCGCAGAAACUUUCUGAACUGCUGAAGAAUCCAAAGAGUAAACUCGAAGCCCUGAGACUUCAAGGUUGUCGCUUCACAGAUGAAGGUUGUGCCGUGUUGGCUUCGUCUCUGAAGACAAACCCGGCUCAUUUAAGAGAUUUAGAUCUGGGAAGAAACAUCAUGAAAGAACACGCAAUUGAAGAGCUUUCCAAGUUCUUGGAAGACCAAAGCUGUCGACUGGAGAUACUGAACCUGAAAUGUUGCAUUGUAACUGAAGCUGGAUGCCAGGCUCUGAUUGUAGCCGUCAGUCGUUGCUUUUCCCUCCGAGAGCUCAACCUCAAGUACAACCUGUUCAUGGACGAGAGCCUGGAGCUGAUGUGUGAUUGGCUGAGCAGAACCGAAUGUAAAUUAGAAGUGCUGAGGUUGUCCUUUGUUAAAGAGAACACCUGUUUGUUGCUAGCUGCGGCUCUGAGGUCAAACCCUUCACAUCUGAGAGAGCUGGAGCUGAGCAACAGUCAUUUAGAAGAAUCAGUGAAGUUCCUGACGAAUGAUGACUUCAAACUGACUGUGACAGAUCAAAAUGUGUUCAAAGAACAAGCCCUGUCAGCGACACUGAGAGAGAAAUUGAAGAAAUUAGAGUUUAUUUGACAUAACCUCCUGCUUGGCUACCACAAAUGUUUAUUUUUUCGUUUUUAUGUCCAUCACUUUGUUUACUACCUAAAUGUUACAUUCUUGAAUUAUGUAAAUUCACAAAUGCUUUAAACUUUACUAUCUAUGACAUCUUAAGAUUUGUCCCAUUUUGGAUGGGAAGACUGUUGCAAUUAUAAUUUUGCAUAGGCAGAGGUAAUCUACACCCAGUGUACAGUUCUGAGCGUUCAUAUGAUAUUACUUUUUGACAAUCUCCCGUCGAUAAAAUAAUUUUUUUUUACAUUGUGAAGUAUUGUAAAAAUUUCUUUGAUGAGAUUUUGGUGGUGGCAUUAUGGUGCAAGGUCAGGGUGCAGCCUGCAGGAACGUUAUAGCAGCAGCAGUAAGCAGCCUACAAGUUCAAAACAACUAACCAUUCAUGGAAUGCAUCAUGUAAAAAAAAAAAAAAAAAAAAAAAAAAAAAAAAAAAAGAGUUUUUUACAUGAUAUAGUUUGAAUUUAGUCAGUUUGGGCAAAUGGUACAGGGUGUUAUGUUACACAGGAAAAGGAACUACAGUGAUUUUUUUUUUUAUUCAGUGAUUUUGAUUUAAUGUGGUAAUUAGAUCCUUUGCACACAAGAGGGCAGUGUAAUGCCAGAAACAAAGGGAGUGGUCACCUUGUCUUUAGGUUUGAUGAGUGUCGGCCGGAAACCUGUUUGCUUUUGUUUCGCUUCAGUGUGUUUGUUCAGUAGUAGGGAACCACAGAGUUGCUUUACUGACUUUUUGUAAAUGGUCAAGAGGAAUGUGAUUUUAUUUGUUCAAUUAUUUUUUUAGUAUGUUGUGUGUAUAAAAUUAAUAUGGAAAAAAAUACUUUUACAAUCUUUAAAGUAAAUACUUUCAGCGUUGUAUUAAGAUUACCAUAUUUGCUUGCUGAAGGAUUUGAGUUUGCAUAACGAAAGUCUAUCAAUGGAUAUGGAGGACAUGCAAACUCCACAAAAAGAAACUGAAUCCAAACCCUUCUCGCUUCUGAGGACUGUGUCGUCAUAGCAACGGGUGUUGCGGAAGUAGCCAUCGCUGCCUGCAGGGGGAUGAGAACUGCUUGGCCUCCACACGAAACCAAAAACAGGUCAGAGAAGCAGCGAGAGGGGAGAG